UCUGCUUUGUCUCCAAAUAAUUCACAUAAAGCUUGCUUCACUAGCAACAAAGAAAAGAAAAAUAGCAGCUCCAUUGUCCCCCAUAAAUUCUGAUAAAAACCCAUGUCCUAAGCAGCUUGGCAGUUGGUAGUUAGCUUAGCUUCAAUGGCUACUUCAAUCCCAAGCUGUUCCUUCCACUCCUACAUGGCACCAUCAAUAAUACCAAACAACUCAACCUCCACCACUCACUUUACCUUAUCUUUUUCACACGCUAACUUAAGUGGGAUUUCACUUUGUACAAGAUCAUCAAGAAUCUUGGCAAAGUUUGAGAAAUUCGAAGGUGAUGAUGCUUCUCAAGAUAACCUUGAAGAGGCCAUGGAGUUACAAGAACAAGCACAAACUGUUCAAGAAGAAGAUGACAGCUGCCUGCCUUCUGACUUGGAGGGUGCCGUCCGGCAAUCUAGCCAAGCUAGUGCUUUGUUUGUGUCUUCAGGAGGAAUGAGAGCCAUAGUCGAGCUCUUAAUCCCUCAGCUUCAGUUUCUAGAUGAUGAAGGUGCACAGGCUGAGCUCUGGGAACUGUCAAGGAUUUUUUUGGAUACACUUAUUGAAGAAACAGGAAGCCAGAGAAUCAAAGCCAUUUUUCCAGAUGCCGGUGCUGCUGCACUUCUAAAAUACCUGUGGAAAGAUGCAGCUUUUGGGUUUUCAAGCUUAAGUGACCGGAAGCCUGUUCAGAUCGAAGAUGACAUUGUUGUUAUGGUUGUUCCUGAUUAUCAGAUGUUGGAAAAAGUGCAGAAAAUUGUAUCUGAUCUAUCAGAUGAUCCGCCAAGGCCUCUUAUCAUGUGGAACCCGCGUCUCAUCAGUGAGGAUGUAGGAGUUGGGAUUAAUGUACGGAAUCUAAGGAGAUACUUUCUGAGCACAUUCACAACAGUUUAUUCAAUGAGACCUCUGCCAGCCGGUGCUGUCUUUAGGUGUUAUCCAGAGAUGUGGAAGGUCUUUUAUGAUGAUAAAGAUAGGCCAAACAGAUAUCUUCUUGCACAAGAAUCCGUAAGACGUCCAGAUGCGGAAGAAAUCGAGAUAAUAUUUGGAAAUGCAGAAGAGAAAUCUGAGCAGGGACCUUCUUUAUUCAGCAAGGCAGCAGGCAUUUUCUCUUCACUUAACCGAUUCAUGAGAGUAAUUUCCAAGUAGUUUCCUGUCACCAGGGCAUUAAUUUGGAGGCUUGGAUGCAGAAACCAAGUUUUGUGCCCUUGCUAAUAUUUGUAGCAUGGAUUUAUACAUUGUUUAAUAUAAAAUUCUUCACCCUUCAACCUGA